AUGGCAUCGCCGCUGUCCCCAGCGAAACCCUCAUCCCUGAACAUCGCUACACCGCCCACAACCCGUCGCUACGACCAGUCACGGUACGAGGUUCAGGCCUACACGGAGCAAUCCACCACGACUGCCACCACAACCACAACCGCAGCCCCCUCUACAUCCUCCCCCAACGGCAUCGACAUCGACGCCUCCAGCUCGAGCACUCGUCACGCCACGGCUGCCGUCGAAGACAGCCCCCUGCAGCAAAAGCAGCAGCACAAGCAGCAGCUCAAGUUUGGGAAGGAGAACAACAUGUCACCUCCCAAGCAGCGCCAUUCGCGCAUCAUGUCUGGGAACGAACUCUCCCCCCUCAAAAUCCUCACCACGGGCGAGCCGAACCCCGAGCGCCAGUUCUCCCCAGCCCGCGGCUCCCGCAAGAGCCUCAUGUCCCCCGACAAGCGGUUCCCCGUCCGGGUUAGCAACCCCAUCAGCGAGACAGCCGACAAGAGCCCAAGUGAUGCCCCCAGCGAACGCCCAGACAUGCGGGAGCGCACCAUGAGCCUCGAUGACGCCCUGCGAAGCAACAAGGGUCUCAGCCACGCCAUUGACAUUUUUGAGGAUGACACCGUCGACGACUUUGGUCGGGCGCACGACACGUCGCCCGACGCGACCGACCGCCUCGACAGGGACGACCACGGCGACGACACGGAAGUCCAUCACGAGGUGGCCUACGACGACUCGGUUGGCCCUGACGAUACCAUGACGAGCACCUUCAGUGCCUUUUCCGCCGUGCCCAACCUGACGACCUUUGCGCGGCUAGGCAACAGCCCGCCAAAGACAAACGGCCUAGACGACGGCAUGACCCCCCGGGGUCGCCCUGGCCCCUCGCCCGCGAGAUCACAACGCCCCAUGUCCUACCACCCAGACUCGUCCGGCAACACGACAAACCUCCUCAUGGACUUUACCGAACACCAGCGCCAUCCCGGCAAGUCGCCCGGGAAGAGAAUCACGACCGGCCCCGCCUCAAAAGCGUCCCUCAGUGGCAAGGAGGCGGAAGCCCUUGCCCUUAAGACGGCGGUCGGCGACGCCGAGAAGCGUGUCGGCGAGUGCAUGGAGAAGGUACGCGAGAUGUCGUCCGAAAAGGAGCACCUGACCGCCGAGAAGGAGGGCUGGGAGAAACGGAGCCGCGAGAUGGAGACGGUGCUGCGCAGCGUCAAGGAAGAGAUUGUCCGCAGCCAACGCGAGACGGAAGAGCUGGAAUACAAGCUCUCGGAGAGCGAGGCGCGCCGUGAGGCGGCUGAGAACAUGGCCCAGGAGGCCGAGAGCAAGCUCGCCGGCAUGCGCGCCGGCAGGGCGUCGGAGGACAGUGCCAGAUCCGACAAGAGCAGGAGCCCCGGCGCCAAGGACGCCUCGAAAGAGGUCGAAAUGGCCGUCGAGCGCGUGGCCCGUGAGCUGCACGCUCUGUACAAGAGCAAGCACGAGACCAAGGUGACGGCGCUGAAGAAGAGCUACGAGGGUCGCUGGGAGAAGAGGGUCCGCGACCUCGAGACCAGGCUCGAGGAUGUGAGCGAGGAGAACGAGCGCCUGCGCCUCGGACGGGAUGCGACCAUGACGCGCGUUGAUCCUGCCGAGCAGGCAGCCGAGGAGGAGCGCAAGGCGCAGGCAGUCCGUGACGCCGCGCAGAUCCGGCACCUCGGCGCGGAGGUCGACAAGCUCGAGGCCAUGAUGCACACGAUCCGCGACGACAAUGGCGGAGCUGCGGACUCUGCUAGAGCAGGAGCGCGUCGAAAAGGGCGAGCUCGUGCAGCUGGCCGAGGAGAUGAUGUCGAUGCAUAG